AUGCAACCCAGACAAUAUCAAGAGAAUCCAAAGCGCUUUGAUCAGGAUUCGGCCCGCGGGGAAGUGGCAGGUUUAUUUCACUGGAUUGAGUUGCUGUUCAAGGUUAUCCCGGUGAAUCUGGGUGCCCUGUCCAACGAGGGUCAGAUGAAUUCGACUCUGAAACCGAAGGUUCAGUACGUUCCUAAACAACAGCUUAGUGACUCAUAUUCCAACUUUCCCAUCUCACGAGAUUUUUCUUCCAUGGAUCGGCGAUACGUACUGAAUGAUGCGGCAUACUACAAAGCCCGAAAUCCCACCCUACACUUCUGUCACUCCCUCAUACCAUCUUUCGGGGCCACCAUCCGAGAAAAAGGUUACCAAGUUCGCGAUGGAGUAUGUCUUUCUUCCGAGUGUGUACUUUUGUGUGUAGAUAUCAUGCAUGCCACGAUACUGCGUGAGGGUCGCACACCAGUCAUUCUCAUGAACCCGCUGGUUCAGGUAGCUUAUGAAAAGUCUCACUUUGAUCGCCUUACCCGCACGCGUCUCUACACAUCACCCACCUUGUUUUACUUCUCCACGUGGCUGAGCGAUGCCCGACAGGUCUGGCAGCGAAUCAAAAGGUGGCUCUUUCAUCCGUUGAAGCACUCCCUCCCAUCAGGAGAUGUCGUCAUGGAGAAAUUCAAACUUGCGCGUUCAGAACGCACUCCUCUCGCGUUCGAACAAACACCUGAGAAACCAAAUAAUACCAUUCAUGCAGAGGGCAACCCAAUCUCAGUGAUCUCCGCUAUCGAUGACGUGUUGGAUGAUACUCCGACGUGCGAUUUUUACAAGGGCCCCCUCCCUGUUGUGAUCGGACACAGCGGAUGGAAUGGGUCGGACAAGCGGUGGGCUGAAAUUGAUUUCGUGAGGUAUACCUCCAUGAUGUGUAAUGGCUACUCAAGCAAUGAAUUAGAAAUCUUAUCAACCUGGCUGUAUUGGAUUGGAAUCACCCUCGCUAUCGUGCUGCAGUUAGUAUUUCUUUCUAGGGAUGUGAACACGAGGAUUCAGGUGAAAUUUGUUCGCUUUCUCAGUAAAUUUGACUGCAAUGGAGAAGAAUCCCGGAAUCCUUCUGCAGAGGAGAUGCCCCCGCUAGACUGGAGGGAUGCCUUUCUGUUAUUAGACUCGGAUCAUGCACUGGCGACGCACUCGCCAAAUUUAUCCCCGCGAAAUUCUCCACUGAAACUUUCAAAAGGCUCUCGUAGUGCGUUCAUCGCCCCCAUCGAUUCUUUGGAACUGCAGAAAAAAUACCAACCACGCGGGACGAGGCUUGUGAUUCCCUACACCAUCAACAACUUAAGCCUUAAUACAUUCGAGAUCUUUGCUUGUAAGGCCCUUACUACUGAGAAACGACUCUGGAUGAGGGUAUAUGGCGCUCUUGUAACACGAUCGCUGGGCUCCACCUUCAGGCCUCGUGCAGCGCUACGCCGGUGGUGCAGGCGGCUAAGGGAAGUGGACCAAGCAUAUGGCGUGCACUUUCUCUGUUACCGUAUCUCGAAUCUGUACAGGGUAAACAGAAUGAUUCAGAUACUUCAGCGGGGAAUGCGUAAAUUAGUAUCUAAAUCAAGACUAUUUUUUCGUAAUCGAAGGAAUUUGCGAAAAUUUACCGAUCUCCUUUAG